UUAGACAAAACAGUAAGUUCAAUGUGAAUGAAGGUCCCAUUUAGUAACUUCUGGUAUGUUUGCAAUCAUGUAUUUGUCAAGUAUGUCAAGACAAGCAGAGGAUCUGCAUGUUGCUGCAGGAAAAUGUCAGACAGGUGCUGUCCAAUGUCCAAAAGUUUUCUGCGGUCUCAUGGUUUCUGCUUGGACCGGCACAACGCAAGCGAAGAACCACAAAGGUCCCGCCCUGGUGGUCAUUAACAUCUGGAGGAUGACAAUGGUGCUCGCUUGACCACGCGACCAGCGUGAGGGGGGAGAGAGAGGGAGCGAGAGAAAGGGCAAGACCGAAGUGACGUGCUUGAGGACAGCUGAACAUUCACCACUUGAAUAAACAAGCAAGCGCAGGAAGACCAAAAUGGACGAAACAUCAACAAAUGUGACGACCUAACGGAGAGUCAAAGAUCUUCACCAUGUGAGAUAUCGCCAUGAUCUCAACUUCUUAAGACCAAUUGUUUGUGACUUGAAGGCGCUCCGUGUGGAUUUUCCAUCAUCAUGAGUUCCUCCCUGGUUCUUCUGCUGAGCUGCCUGACCACCAGCGUGGCUCUGCUCUCAGCCAAUAACAUCGCCACCCAAACGGGAUCUCCGUCUAAGCUGAAGUACCUCCUGGAUCCGCCCGUUUACGCCGAGGUGGUCGGGCGUCGCGGCGAGAACGUCACCUUGCCGUGCAUCCUGAAGAUCAAGCCCGACCACUACAAGAUCAAGUGGACCAAGCUGGAGCCGGGACACGUGGGCCCGGAGAACAUUGUGAUGAUUUCCAACGCUCACGCUUUCAAGCGGCACGGUCAACUCGGCCCGCGGGCGUGGUUGCGGCGGGCCCACAACAUGGACGCCUCCCUGCGUUUGGGCCAACUGCAACUGCGAGACGGCGGAAGGUACCGAUGCGAGCUCAUCAACGACAUCGAGGAUGAGAGCGUGGAGGUCACGCUCAGGAUUGAAGGUGUGGUUUUUCCGUAUCAGAGUGAAAAAGGCCGCUAUAAAUUGACUUUCCAAGAGGCUGAAGCGGCGUGCGAGGAGCAGGAUGGAAUCCUGGCCUCCUACGAGGAACUUUACAGAGCCUGGACGGAAGGUCUGGACUGGUGCAAAGCGGGCUGGCUUCGGGAUGGAAGCGUCCGCUACCCCAUCAUCAGCCCGCGCCCCGCCUGCGGGGCACGAAGGCAACCGGGUAUUCGCAGCUACUCGCCCAAAGAUAAGAACACAGACCACUUUGAUGCAUUCUGCUUUACCUCUUUGACUGCAGGUUCCGUCUUCUAUAUCGCGGGCGCAUUUUCCCUGGAGGAGGCCGGCCAGGCAUGCGGACGUCGGGCGGCCGAGCUGGCGCUGGUCGGCCAGCUGUACGCGGCCUGGCACUUUCGAGGUUACGACCGAUGCGACGGCGGCUGGCUGCGAGACGGCAGCGUGCGCUUCCCCAUCGGUACUCCCAGGACACGAUGUGGGGGCGUCCUCGAACCCGGGGUACGCUCUUAUGGGUUCCCCAAUAAGACGUCGCAUCUCUACGGAGCUUAUUGCUAUCGGUAGUCGGACAGUUGACUGCGCCAUUAUUCCAUUCGUCCGAUCAAGCAUUUACAUUAUCUACAAUUUUUUUGCAUUUACCGUAUUUUCCGGACUAUAAGGCGCACCUAAAAACCUAAAAUGUUAUCCAAAGCCGACAGUGCGCCUUACAGUCCGGUGCGGCUUAUAUAUGGACCAAAUUCCUAAAUUUAAACUGGCCCAAAGCAUUGUGUCAUGAAAUCAAUCGUAAGUGGCCCGCUGAAGACCAUGAAUCAUGAAUCGAAAAGACUAUGGAUCAUUAUAUUGUGAUUAUAAAGUAAUUUGUUGCAUCUGAAGUUGAAAUAGAAAAGAUAAAAUGGAGAAUGAUUGGAUUUGGAUUAAACAUCUGACAUGAUACAUUAAUGGUGCGCCUUAUAGUCCGGUGCGCUUUAUAGUCCGGAAAAUACGGUAUAUAGACAAUUUUUGUGCCUAAUACUGGUUAAUUCAAAUUUAGCUGUACGUUAAAAAAAUAUAUUGUAAAUAGCAAAGCCUCCACGCAUUUAAAUGAUCAGGAGUGCUGUAAUAUUUAAGCUGCAAAAUUGUUUCAUUAAAAUAUAU